AGUACACAAAAACCUGAGCCAAGUCACGUGACGCGUGUAUAAACGCGAGCUUUUAUUUAUUUACACAUACUGUUGAAAGAUCAUAUUCUUGGUUGUAUAGUGUCUGUUUAAGGGUUAAUGAUUCAUUUCGAUUGCUCUUAUGAGUUCUCUGUGGAGGCACAUUGUGAAGCAGUUUGUAAAGUUUUCACUUUCGUUUUCUCUGAAAACUUCAGGAUGGGUGUGUUUCACUGUCUUCUGUCAGUUCCUGCUGCUUCUCUUUAGACUUCGUCGUCCUGUUUCUCUUCAUUACAAGGCUGUUUGGUGUGAUGGAUCGAUCUGGGAGGGCUGCGGCACCUGGAACUAUGGGGAACACACACAACCCUGGAAUGGACAGAAAUGAUCCAUCUGAACGGUUUGACUCGACCUGGGAGACUGAAGAUGAGCUUGACGACACUACAGAGUCCCCUGCACAGACGUCCUGGUUUUCACAAAGGAACACAUAUGCUGCAAAAGACAUGCAAAUUUAUAGACAUUAUUACCAGAAAACCUUGACUGAUGACGAGACGGAUGAUGAUGAUAUGGAAGACGACAGUGACUCACCAAAUGUGCAGUUUUACAGAAAUAAGAUCUAUUUCUGUCCUGAUGGUGAUUACAUUGAUUAUAUUCAUGAACAUUGGUGGGAGGAUUACGACAGGCUGGAAUAUGUGCACUCCUACAUUCAAUGGCUCUUUCCAAUUCAGGAGAAAGGAAUGAACUAUGCAUCCCAGGAGCUUAGCGUAAAAGAAAUCAAGCUGUUCCGGAGAGAUGAGGAGAUGAAGAGAAGAUUGUUGAAGUCUUAUAAGAUCAUGUUGAACUUCUACGGCAUAGAACUUGUCAAUGAGGAAACCGGAGAGGUGAAACGUGCAGGAAACUGGGGAGAGCGAUUUGAGAACUUAAAUAGAAACACACACAACAAUCUUCGCAUCACCCGCAUCAUAAAGUGCCUGGGUUUACUGGGCUUUCAUCACUAUCAAGCACCACUGGUUCACUUCUUCCUUGAGGAGACUCUGGUGAAAGGCACACUUCAGCGUGUAAAGCAGAGUGUUCUGGACUACUUUAUGUUUGCAGUUGUGGACAAGACUAAACGACAAGCGCUGAUCAAAUUUGCCUUCUGUAAUUUUGAGCCAAAACAGAAGUUUGUGUGGUGUCCGAGAAGGAUUCGUAAUAAAUUCUUGAAGGAGAUCUCCAAAUUAACUGCUGGGACCAAUGAAGGCAUAUCAAGUGAUCAAAGCUUUGAAAAUGAUCAGAAUAAUCGGAUAUCUAGCAAACUACAAAGUAAAGAUGAAACCAAAACAGAUACUAAUGAUGACAAAAGUACUGAAAAACCUCCUACCAGCAAAAGCAGAAAUGAUGAGAAUGUGUCAGGUGAGUGUCAAGAUUCUGAAACACCAGCUUUACCUGUCCCCAUUGCAGGAACUGAAAAUACGACUAUCACUAAUGAAGGAACUGAAGCUGCAUCUGGAGUUGAUUCUCAGCACGAAGGGCACAGAGAUUCAGAAAAUAAAGCUGCAAUCCAGAAGAAUGACAGUGAAGAAACAAAUAAGACGAUCCCAAACAACUCGGAUGAGAAUGGCAAUGAAAUUGCUGACUCUACCCAACACUUGGACAGUAGAGCAGCCAGUGAUGAAAGCGCCAAUGAAAACGUCACACAAACCUCCACAAGCGAGAACCUUGCAAAAGAAGCACCUGUAACAGGCGGAAACUCAGAGAAUGAGCAAGAAGGUUAUGAAAAUCAAGGAGACGAAUCUAAGCAAGGCAGUAAAGAGGAGUCAAAAUCACAGCACAGUGAUGGAGAUCCCAAAGAAAAUGAUUCAGAAGAGAUCCAGCAGAGUGGCAGCGAAUCACCAGAAGACGGUGUGGCGACCAGACCUGCUACAAAUGAGGCCAAUUCUACACACUAUCCUGCAGUAACAUCAGAAGAUAUGAAUAGUCAGAAAUAUACUUUACCUCCUGGAGAGUCAAGUACAAGCAUUGAACCUCCAGCUGCCUUGAUGAAAUCACCUGAAUCAGACGAAAACAUAAGGAAUCUACACGAAGGAUGUAACCAGCAAAACCAAAGCGAAGUUCAAAUAUGCAAUCAGCCAAAGGCCACAGCAGAAGCAAAUACAAAGGAAGAAUCGAAUGAGAAGAAAGAAGAUCCAGUGCAUCAAUCUAAGGAAGAUAAUACUGAAGACAGGUUUAAUGAUGGUGAUAGUAAUGCUGUCACGUCACACAGUAGUGAAAAUUCAGAUUCAGGAGAUGUUAAGGGCUACAGCACGGCGAUGUAGUGGUUAGCACUGUUGCCUCACAGCAAGAAGGUUCUGGGUUCGAGCCCAGUGACCGACGGGGGCCUUUCUGUGUGGAGUGUGCAUGUUCUCCCCGUGUCUGCGUGGGUUUCCUCUGGGUGUUCCGGUUUCCCCCACAGUCCAAAGACAUGAAGGUUAGGCUAAUUAAUGGCUUUAAAUUGACUGUAGGUGGGAAUGUGUUUGUCUCUAUAUGUCAGCUCUGCGAUGACCUGACGACUUGUCCAGGGUGUACCCCGCCUCUUGCCCAUAGUCAGCUGGGAUAGGCUCCAGCUUGCCCGCGACCCUGUAGAACAGGAUAAGCGGCUACAGAUAACGGAUGGAUAAAUGUUAACGAUAGAGGGGACACUGAAUCUGAUCAAGGCACAGCUCUCAGGAGUGAUGUUAACUCAUCUUGGGUUAUUCCUGGUAAGGAUACAGAGACAGAUCAGGAGCCUGUCCCAGGAAUAGGCGGUAAAACACUCUGGAUAGGACGGCAAUACAUUGCUCAUUUUAAUAAACUGAACAAGAAAAAUUAACAGAAACUAGUUUUUUGUGCUGUGGAUUUCUGCAAAUCCAUUGAUAUCAUAGUGUAGACUACAUGAAUGAUGUGAUAAAAUGUGUGAAUUAUGAUAUUGUAAAAGAGUGUGUGGAAUAAACAGUGAAUGAAGAAAUGA